AGCUGGUUGAGAGAUGUCCGACAGCUCCAGUGACACGGAGUCGUCCUGCGGAUGGACAGUCAUUAGUAAUGAGGGUUCGGAUAUUGAAAAUCUGGGGCCGGAUUACGCCGGAGAGUGUGAGGAUGGAGCGGUUAUCCACGCUCUGGACGUACCUGAUGCCAAGCAGGGUGAGGAGAGUUUGGGAGAGUCUUCACUAGACCUCACACUGAGAGAGGAGGCGGAACCGGCCCAAGAGGCGGGUGGAGAAGAACAUGUGAUCCUUUGCUCCUCCAGUGAGAACUCUGACAUCAUCACCCUGGCGGACUCUCAGGAGGCGGAGAUUGACGCGUGGGAGGAGCCUGUUGCUAAGGAGGCGGAGGAGGAAGCAGGAAGUGAGGAGCUCUAUCUCGGAAGCUCGUCGAGCAGCCAGUACACGUUUAGAGAGUCAGAGACAACAGACUGGUGUUGGAGCAGAUGGGGAUUUUCCAGGACGCUGUGGGAAUAUGGCAGCCAUCUGCACAGCUCUCUCUCUCUCUCAGUUUUCCCAGCGGAUCAGCCUGUGCAGCGAGACGGCGGUAACAGCAGCAGUGAGGAUGAGGAGGGUGAGGUGAAGGCCAGUCCUGUGGUGAGGAGACGCAGAGUGAGGAGGAGCACCGCCGGCUCAGAGCCUGGAGACCCGCAGGAGCCCCACAGGAGACAGGAGGAGGUGCUGCGUCUCAAAACAACUCAUCACUCCAGCAUUUACUCAAUACAGAUCAGAUAUAUAUCAGAUAUGAAUAUAAAUUAA